AUGUGGCUCAAAGGAGCCCUGCUGACGGGUGGAGUGGGCACUGUGGGCACAUUGGCCGCAGAGCUGACUUGCCCUGCGGGACCUGGCGGCGAGGCAUGUCGUGCAGCUGCUGCACCGAGCUGGCGGAGCUUCGAGCGCUGCGCCAUCCCUGCUGGGGACGACCUCGGAGAGCCUUUGCUGCUGACUUUGGCAGAAGCCAAGGACCAUUGUGAGGCCGAAGAAGCAUGUUUGGCCUUUACCUUCGAGGGCGAGGAUGCAGAGAGUAUUGAGGGCCCGUUGUCAGGGAACCCUGUUUGGGUACACUUUAAGACGAGCUUCGACUGCGUGGAUGCACCGUGGGUGGCCUGGCGCAAAGUCGGCUCCGUCGACUCAACGGCACCUGGUCCCCCACCAGCAUCGCCACAGGACUUAGAGAACGCCCGCGCGUUGUCCUCCUUCACGGGUGGAGCCGGGUCCGGUGUGGCCUUGUGCUUGUUGGGACAGGUCCGUAUGUUGUCCCACACGCACCUCGCCUUGGAGCAGCACCUUCUGCAGGUUCUACAGCCGGAUGUCUUCUUGUAUGGACCUCGUGAAGCCGACCAUGAGCCAUCUCCAGAUUUGCACAGCAUCCAGGACUAUGUUGCGGACGAGAGGUGGGAGGUGGAGAGCAUCCGUGACAGCCUGUAUGCGGAGACGCGCGAUUCGAGCCGGGUGCUCGACCUCGAGUACGCGCAGGUGCAGGGUAACUGGUUUGGCAGCCAAUGCCUCGACCCACCUUUGCGAGACAAUCGACCAGGCAGUGCAGUCUGCUCGUAUUACAGCCAACAUAAGUGCCUCGAGAUGAUCCAGAAGAAAGAGAUACAAAGAGGACAGCCCUACCAAUGGGUAGUCGUAUCACGAUUUGAUUUCCGAUGGCUAGCUCCACACCCACCACUAGAACUGUUGCAGGCAGACGUGGUUUGGAUUCCUUCAGGCAGUGACUGGGAGGGUGGAGUGAAUGACCGUCAUGCUGUGAUGCCGCGGCGACACGCUGACGCCUACCUGAGUUCUUGGAAGCUUCUGACUUCUGGCCGCGCAAAGGACGUGAUGCUGGAAACGCUCGGGGCCAUGAAGGUCAACGGAUAUCCGGGCCCUAACACGGAGAAUUUUUUGAAGGCACGGCUGCAUUUCUUCGAGGUGGAAUACGAGCGCUUCCCCAAUGUGGCCUAUCUCACGUGCACGCUUCGCUCCAAAAGCCGUUGGACACAGUGCUUCGGGACAGCCUCCAACGAUGCUCCUGGAUGGCUCUACAAGGAGGAGAUGGAACACGCCACACGCAUUGCGAAAUGCGUGCGCUCUUCCUGGAAUCGACGAAAGAUGAAAGACUGUGCGGAGGACAUCUCGCACCUCUACCGUGGGCUGCGGUGA